CUGCGGUGAGCGCGCAGCCCAUGGCAAGGCUUAAGGGCCUCUGCCCCUCGCCGGUGUGUCGUGUCGUGUUCUGUAUGUAGAUGGAAAUGCAUCACAAACGCGGCUCUUCGCCUCCGACGGAUCCAGCAGCCGAUGUUUAUUCUCCGAGCGCGUGAUGAUUGGAUGAUUGAGCUCGAUACAGAUCAAGGCUUAAUUCGAAAAUCGCAAUAACAUUUGUCCCUGCCCUCAUGCAGCAGUUCUCGCCGUUUUGUAUGCAGCCCACUGAACCGCAUCUUCAGUGGACAUUCUGACUCUUGUAUGAUUUAUGUUUCCUCGGCCGGUAACGAACCGCAUCUUCGCGAAAGCCGUGCAUUUGCCACUAGCUGUAGGUGAGACCGCAUCUCUCACACCCCGCGUUGUUCUUGGGCUGUAGUGUCAUAUCUACCUCUCCAGGCGUGGCGCAUAGCGCUUUUUUCGAUUUGUAGACCCUCGUCGGCACAACUUUUAGAUUGUAGUGUGGCACUUUACUCGAAUUGGCGGCCUCUUCCACCAUUCUUUUUGUGUAUUCACGCGCAAAU